AUCAGUUCAGUUUCAACCACUCGACCGCACCACAAUCCAAUCCAAUUCAAGAUGUUCAAGUUCUUCGCCCUCGCCUUCGUUGCUCUGGUGGCCUGCGUCUCGGCCAAGCCCGGCAUUGUGGCACCUCUGGCCUACUCUGCCCCCCUGGUGGCUGCUGCCCCAGCGGCUGCUGUCUACAGCCGGGAAUAUCACGGCAACUUUGCGGCUCCCUAUGUGGCAUCCCCCUAUGUGGCAUCUCCGUACGUCGCCUCGCCCUAUGUGGCAUCUCCGUACGUCGCCUCCCCCUAUGUGGCAUCCCCCUACACCGCUGCCUACAGCGCAGCCCCCGUUCUGCUGAGGAAGUAGAUGCUGCAAUGAAUGGAACCCAUCGCCGACCGACUCGAAUUGAAUUGUAGAAGAAAAUGUGGAAAAUAUAAAACUCUGACAGA